AUGUUGCAACUGGAUCAUGUCAAGUUCUUGACAUACCCUCCAGAGGUGGCUUCUCAGGUUUUUUUGUACAUUAGUAUGUCUGCCUGUAGGUUCAAUUGCCUUGCGAGUGGUUCUUGUGUUGCUUCAACUUCUUUCUCUGAUGGGACAAACAUGUGCUAUUUGAAACUGCCAGAUUUUGUUAGCGGGUACCAGUCGCCCGCACUUCCUAGUACUUCAUAUAUAAAGGUCUGUAGUCCGGGAAUGCUGAAUCCAUCAGCCUCUUCAAUUGGAAUAGAAAAGGACAAUGGUUGGAAAUUGAGUGGGCGGAUACUUCCAAUUGCUGUUAUCGGUACCAUUUUGGGCGUGGUCGUGUUGCAAGGUGGUUUGUGGUGGUGGUGCCGUAGAAAUAAUCCCACAUUUGGGGGAUUCUCUGCUCGAUAUGAACCACUUGAAUAUGCCUCUGGAGAUUCAACGGGCAACAAAGGGUUCUGUGACAAGCUUGGAGAGGGGGGACAUGGGGCUGUUUACAGAGGGAUUCUUCCUAAUGGAAAUGUUGCUGCAGUGAAGCAAUUGGAGGAUAUCGAGCUGGGGGAGAAAAAUUUUAAAUUGGUUAUUGCAACCAUAAUUAGCACCCACCAUUUGAAUUUGGUGAGAGUGAUCGGGUUUUGUUCUGAACGGCAUCACAGGUUUUUAGUAUAUGAACUUGUGAAAAAUGGUUCUCUUUAUAACUUUAUUUUUAUGUCGAACGAGUGGGCAGGAAAAGUUCUGAAUUGGCAAUAUCGUUUUAAUAUUGCUCUAGGGACUGCAAGGGGGAUUGCGUACCUUCAUGAGGAGUGUCGCGACUGCAUUAUCCAUGGAAGUAUAAAGCCAGAGAACAUUCUCUUGGAUGAGAAUUAUAAUGCUAAAGUCUCUGAUUUUGGACUUGCAAAACUCACAAACCCAAAUGACGAUAAAUGCGGAACCUUGAGGAGUGUGAGGGGGACUAGAGAACAUGUUGCCCCAGAAUGCCCCGCAGAUCUUCCAAUAACUUCAAAAUCUGAUGUGUACAGUUAUGGGAUGGUACUGUUGGAGAUAGUGAGUGGGAGACGGAAUUCUGAAGUUUCUGCACAGGCAAAUUGGGAAAAACUUUCCCUGUGGGCUUAUCAAGAGUAUCAGAAAGGUAAUCUUGAGGCAAUUGUUGAUCAAAGGCUUCUCAGACAUGAGCUGGACAUGGAGCAAGUGAUGAGAUCAAUUCGGCUAAGCUUUUGGUGUACCCAAGAGCAAUCGUCUGAGAGGCCGAUGAUGGGAAAGGUGGUGCAGAUGUUAGAAGGGAUCAUUGAGAUUGAUGAACCACCGGCGCCAAAGGCAGCACUAGAACGGUCUGUUAGCGGAAGUAGCAGAACCUCCAGUAAUGUCAAUGUUCUCUCCACCUCCAGAGUUUCAGCCCCUGCUUUCUCUUCAUCAUCGUCAUCCCAUGCCAACAGGGCAUCUUCUUGAUUUUACAGCCAUAGAA